CGCACAGGAGCGCUCGACACGGGGUCGCCAGCGCCGGGCGACCCCUCUCGUCGCCAUCACGCCCCAAUAAUUCACUGCCCACGCCCGCCAUCGCCACCACUGGCGUCCGCACCGCAGCCCGCCAAUAAUAACGCUCCCAAAGCAGAGGCCGAAACCCGCGACGCGCAGCGCAGGGCCAGUGGCGACCUCCAGCUCCAGCUCCAGCUCCACACGCGGGCGCCACCAAGGAGCUGAGCCGAGCCCGGCACUGUCGGCGGCCAUGUCCGCGCCGCGUCGCCGCAUGGCCACUGCCUCCCCGUCGCUCCGCUUCCUCGGCCUGCUCAAGCAACCCGACGACGCCAGCUCCCAGUCCCACGGCGUCCAGGAGCUGGAGCUCGACGAGCGCGACGUCGUCUGGUCCUCCGGCAGCGCGACCUCCUCGUCCUCGACCUCCGCGGCCUCCUCGCCGUCCCCGACCGCGUCCCCGACCGCCAGCCUCGGGAGGCCGAUUUCCGCCUCGUCCCGCCACUUCCCCGCCGGCAGCAUGGGGCUGUCCGCGCUCCUCGCCGACGCCGACGACCACCACGCGCCCACCGCGCCCGUCCCGGCCGCCGCGCGCCCGGAGAAGCAGCACGCCCCGCGCCCGUGCCACCAGUCGGCCCCCGUCGCCGUGCCGGCCUGGCCCAAGGCGAUGACGGCCGCGGACAGGCGCCGCCGCGAAGCGGAGCUGCAGGCCGCGGACGACGAGGACGACGACGGCGAGCCCGUGGUGCCGCCGCACGAGAUGGCCGCGCGGCGCGCUGCGGCGGCGGCGUCGGUCAUGGAAGGCGCCGGACGCACACUCAAGGGACGCGACCUCCGGCGCGUGCGCAACGCCGUGUGGCGCACCACCGGCUUCCUCGACCUGUGAAAAAGGACGUUCCUUGCCUUUGGAGGUUUCGUUUCGUUCGUUCGCUGGCCACGUCACUCCACUCCACUCCACUUGAGCUGCCUGCCUCGGAUCGGACGGACCUUGGCCGCUGGGCAGCUUCUUCUUGCGUAGCGUAGUGCUGUGCCAGCUGCUAGGCACUGAAAAAAGGUGGGAGUUUCCUUACUAGGUUUGGAGUACUACUAGGGGCGUUAUAUAUUGAGCUAAAUUUGCUGGGGAAGUAGCCGCAGGUGCUUCGGUAUUUUCAUGUAAGAGAACUGCUGUGAUCAGUCUGCAACUAGUAUGUUUUAAGAUGUCUGCAACUCUUUGGCAAAGAAUUUUCUCUGGAGAUGAUGCAGCAUGCCACUGCUAAACCUGUGGUCUAGUGUGCAGCAGAACAGAUGUGAUGUGUUCAUAGCUUUUGUAUUCCACUGUGGCUAAUAGAGUGCCUUUUUUAAACUCU